AUGGAUUCGGAUGAUAAAUUCGAAGAACAGGCAGCACGCGACGGUGGAAUCAUCAAGAAUGGAAGGGAAAUCCUAUUCCAGGCUUUUAACUGGGAAUCCAAUAAGAAUAACUGGUGGAGUAAUUUGGAGGAGAAAGUUACUGAUCUUGCAGAAUCUGGGUUUACGUCAGUGUGGCUUCCUCCACCAACACAAUCAUUAUCUCGAGAAGGCUAUCUACCACAGAAUCUGUACUGCCUUGACUCAUGUUAUGGUUCCCUCCAUGAGCUAAAAUUGUUGCUUCAUAAAAUGAGCGAACACAAUGUAAGGGCUAUGGCAGAUGUUGUUAUCAACCAUCGAAUUGGGACUACUAAAGGAUCCAAUGGCAUGUAUAAUCGUUAUGAUGGCAUCCCAAUAUCAUGGGAUGAACAUGCUGUUACAUCUUGUUCUGGUGGGAAGGGAAACAAGAGCACUGGGGAUAACUUUGAUGGGGUUCCCAACAUAGAUCAUACACAACCAUUUGUACGCAAAGAUAUUAUUGAAUGGUUGAUCUGGCUUCGAAAAUCUAUUGGUUUUCAAGAUUUUCGCUUUGAUUUCACGAAAGGUUACGCAGCCAAGUUCGUGAAAGAAUACAUUGAGGAAUCAAAACCUCUUUUUGCAGUUGGGGAAUACUGGGAUAGUUGUGAAUAUAGCCCCCCUGACUACCGACUGAACUAUAAUCAAGAUAGCCAUAGGCAGAAAAUUAUUAAUUGGAUAGAUAGCACUGGAGGACUUUGUGCUGCAUUUGAUUUCACGACAAAGGGUAUUCUUCAGGAAGCUGUCAAAGGAGAGUUGUGGCGUUUGCGAGACCCAGAAGGAAAACCACCUGGUGUGAUGGGAUGGUGGCCUUCAAGAUCAGUUACAUUUAUUGAAAACCAUGACACUGGAUCCACUCAGGGUCAUUGGCCUUUUCCAUCAGAUCAUAUUAUGGAGGGAUAUGCUUAUAUACUCACCCACCCUGGCAUCCCCACAGUGUUCUAUGAUCACUUCUAUGACCAGGGAGUGCCUCUCCAUGACGAAAUUGCUAAACUGAUGCAAAUCAGAAAAUGCCAAGAUAUACAUAGCCGUUCAUCAAUCAAAAUUCUGGAGGUUAGGUCAGAUCUGUACUCAGCAAUCAUCGACGAUAAGUUGUGCAUGAAGAUCGGGGACGGCUCGUGGUGCCCAAGUGAUCCAGAGUGGAGGUUGGCAGCCUCUGGCGACAGAUAUGCUGUAUGGCACAAGUGA